AGGAAGUAUUUGUAUUAUUUUCUUUACUGAGAACUUGUAUGAUUUUCUUCACUGUGAAGACUUUAAAAUGAAUUAUAAAUGGAAACAAAAAGGUUAUUGAUGCUGAUUGAAGAUCCAUACAUCAAAGCAGCUGGACCUUUCACCAAUACUUGUGUCUUAGACUCAUUGUUAGCUGCCCUUCAUACAACUUAUAUCUUAUAUCCAAACAUAGAAGAUCUUAUGGACAAAAAUGACUUUUUCAGAACAGUUAUGUCUUUGUUAAAAGACAAGAAGUAUAUUGAGACUCGAGAUCUCUGUGUCAAAGGGACAAAUCUUGGUAAAGUUAACCUUAAGGGCAAUAUCAGAGAUUAUUUCCCUCUGUUUGCUAAACUGCCAUGUGAAGAAAUUCCCUAUAAGCAAACCCUCCCAAAAGAUAAUGCUAUCUACAAAGAAAUACCCAGCAAACUUAAGGAUUGUGGAGAUGUAAUUGUUUUGGGUAACCCAUUUGAUCCAACUCUAAUUCUGGUUCAUCGUGAAGUUCACAAUGAUCUGUACCAGGAUUGCAAGAAUAGAGGACUGCCACCCUUUGUUGAUGACGAAAAAAGGUGCUUUGCCCUUCAGUUUUUGCUGCUAGGCAAAAACGAGCACAUGACUAUGUGCUUCCAGUCCUCAGAAGACAAGUGGCAUCUGUAUGACAAUGAUCCAACACAGCCUUCAUUUCAGCCUUUCGACCUUAAAAGCCUUAAAGAAUAUGGCAUUUAUUUGGCUGGAUAUGUUAACAAAGCCCAAGGCCAGCAAUAUAAACAUAGCAUCCCCGAGACUGGAGAAGUAGCAGGAGCAAUGCCUUUUAAUUCAGGUGCACACAGCUCCAACUUGGAUCCAGUAGAGAAUAUGGAAUGGGAGUGUUCUUGCCCCUUAUCUAUUCCUGAGACCAGGGACGGACUUGGAACAAAGCCCAUCCUUCCAAUAGUCAGUAACCAGGAACACCAAGUGGAAGACACAGAAAUGCCAACCUGCAGCAGCUCAGAUUCCGAUUAAAAGGCAAGGACCAGCGGAAAUCAAGGAUGGGAUCCUGCAGGGAGAUGACCCAGAAAUAAUGUGUUUGUUUUUUAUUACAGUAUUAAUAACCAAAUCUUCGGUGUUAACUUCUGGGUUCACACCAUACCUUUCAAUCCACAAUAGCUGCUUGCACACAGUUGUACAGUGUCUCUCAAUCUACAACUGCUGAAUCAAUGUACGAAUGGAGAGAUGUAGACACUACUGUAGCACACUGUGCCGCUGAAUCUUGGAAAGGUGAGGUAAGAGCACUAGGGUACAUUGCCCCUCAAUUUACAGAUGCUAUGGUGCAGACACUAGAGCACAGUGCUUCUCAAGCUACAAAUGCUGAGGUGUGGACACGAGUGUACAGUGCCCCUUAAUAUCCAAAUACUAUUGCAUGGACAGUAGAUUACAGUUCCCCCUUAAUCUGCAAACACUAUGGGUCAUACACUAUGGUACAUUGCCCCUCAAUCUAAAAAAAAUUUUUUUAGACAUACAGUAAGGGUCCAGUGUCCCUCAAUCUAUAAAUGGUAUCACAUGGACAGUAAGGUACAAUGCCCCACAAUCUACUAAUGCUGAGGUGUGGA